AUGCUUCUUUUUAUAAAUUCAUUACCGGUUGAGGAAGUGCUCGAUUUUAAAUACCUUGGGUCCACUCUAAUACCAAAUGGACAGGCAAAAAAUGAUAUUUCAACUCGGAUAUCUCGGAUCACGGUAGCUAGAAAUGCAUUCUUCCGAUUGACGAAAUCUUUAUGGAGUCGUCGUGAAAUUACCAUAAAAACGAAAGUCCGUGAUCUAUAUGGCCGCUAUUCGUUGGAUGUUGCUCUUCGUUCAAAUACCACAUGCAUUAAUGAAGUUAUCAUAGAGCGUCACCUUUGGUGGUUAGGGCACGUUUUCCGUUGUCAACCACAAGAGUUGUCGCAUAUUUCGUUACUUGCUAAACCAUGUAAUAGAUGGCGUCAAAAACGAGCCAAUCAAGACCUGGACUGGUACGGUCAGAAACGUUUAGAUGGACCAGCAAUUUAUGGACUUAAACGAUGGAAAAAGGAACGGCUUCUAUUACUGUCGACGAUGGUGUCAGGUCGCGCAGCUUGCAAAUUCCUUACCCUUGUAGCCAGUGGAACCAGCCUAACCAGUAAUGGUAAGCGCUGUUAG